GCCCGGUGGUUGUCACUACUGACCCGGAUGACUUCCAGUAUGAGCUACGUAGCCUGUAUGUGCAGGGCGGCACUGACUGCCCGGAGAUGUCCAUCACUGCAAUCAAGGAGGCCAUCGAUGUCUCACUUCCAAACUCGUUCAUUUAUGUGUUCACGGAUGCAAGGUCCAAGGAUUACUUCUUGGUGGAAGAAGUUCUGGCAAUGAUACAGAAAAAGCAGAGUCAGGUAGUGUUUGUCCUGACGGGGGAUUGUGGUGACCCCGAGCACGAGGGUUACAUCGCAUAUGAGCAGAUCGCCUCCACCAGCUCGGGUCAGGUGUUCCUGCUCAAGAAGACUCAGGUCAAUGAGGUGUUGAAGUUUGUGCGGGUGGCGGUGCAGACACGCAAGGUGAACCUGAUGUCAGUGGAUGUCAAGGACAAGUUUGUAAAUGAGUUCAAGCUGCCAGUUGACUCACAGCUGCAAGAAGUCACAAUCUCUGUCAGCGGACCAAACCCACGCAUAUCUGUCACAGAUCCUUCUGGAAACAAGCUGACUCCAGCACGAGGCCUGAAGAAGCUCCUAGACAUCCAGAACGCGCUGGUGUACAAUGUGAAGGACCCCCAGCCCGGCGUGUGGAGGAUGAACGUGGAAGGGCAGGGAAGGCACACUAUCCGGGUCACGGGGCUCAGCACCACAGACUUUGCUGCGCGGUUCUCACGGAAACCAGGAACAGACCUCCUGCUUGGCGACUAUAGGCCGGUUGGAGGUGUGCCCACGUACUUGAAAAUCAAUGCCACUGACCUCGGCUCCCCGGGGGCGUACAGCCAGGUGGAGUUGUUUGACCUGUAUGGCAUGAGUCUUGCUGUGUACCCGCUGGCGCGCGAUGGGAACAGUACCAGUCUGUACACAGCGCCACCGUUUGUGCCCCCAGAGACGUUCUUUUAUGUUCAGGUAAGCGGAGUAGACCAGAAGGGCUACAUACUACACAGACAGACGCCAACAGCAAUCACGCGUCUGGUGCCAGGAAGGCCGACGGUUUACAUGCCAGAAGUCACUAAGGGGUAUUUUGGUCGUACCGCGGUGUUGACGUGUACCGUAGACAGUCUGGUUCCCUACAGUGUGCGAUGGUUCAAGGAGGAGGUGCAAGAGGGACCGGAACUGUAUUUCCAAGACCCUGCCAACUCCACGCUAGAGAUCCCUGCGGCCAAUCAGUUUGCAGAGGGCAUCUACUUCUGUAACGCCACCAACGCUGCCGGCACAGUCCGUGUACCAACUUUUCUUGAUAUCAGUGAGCCGCCCCCCUCCAUCACCAUGCCCCAGAACGUGUCGGUGUUGCCAGGUAACAGCGCCCUCCUGACGUGUCACGUGUUUAGUGCCGUGGAGCACAACCUGACAUGGCAUGGGCCUGCGUACAAGGACCCCAUCAGGUCAAGCCAGAAGUUUGUCAACUUCAAUAAUGGAUCCUUACUUGUCAGGUCAGUGGUACGUUCAGACGAGGGCAUGUACACAUGCAGGGCUUCCAAUGAAGGGGGAACCACCGAGAAAAACGCCUAUAUACACGUACAAGUUGCUCCAACAGUCAAAAUAAACCCACAGACAGCAAGUUUCAAGGUCGGUGAGACUCGCGAAUUCACAUGCAUUGCUACCGGAUUUCCGGAACCUUCUGUGAACUGGCUACGCGGAGGCCAGGCGGUCAUAACCAAUCAGAACGUCCGAGUCGUGGCUAACAAGCUGGAGUUACGGAACCUGAAACGCGGAGACGAGGGCAUCUACACCUGCUGGGCGUUAAAUGCUGCAGGGGAAGUCACUACAAAUGCAGAACUGAAAUAUAUCGAGGAGCCUCACAUAUCCGUGUACGAGAGCAAGGUACUGGUUGCCAGCGGCGAUGAAGCCAUAUUGUUUUGUGGAGCAGACGGCAUUCCUAAACCAGAAAUACACUGGUACCGUGGUGAUGUAGAGUUGAAGGCCCUGUCCUACGUACAGAUCACAGACCAGGGUCAGUUGAGGAUCCUGGGGACCCAGCAGCUGGAUGCAGGGCAGUAUCGAUGUGAGGCCAGGAACGAGGCUGGGAAAGACGAGGCAAUCAUCACACUGGAAGUCGGAUCCCAACCAGAAGUGAUUGAGGCACCUGCCAACGUUGAUGUCAACAUCGGCUCCAACGCCACGCUGCACUGUCGGGUUGACGGCCUGCCUGCACCAAAGCAGUUCUGGCAUCGGGCAGACGGGAGGCCCCUAGAGAAGGGCAAUAGGGUCCAACACCUGCCCACUGGGGAACUCAUGAUUCUGAAUGUUAGUCUUGAGGACCAGGGCAGCUACACCUGUGUGGCCCAGAACCAGUUUGGUACAGUCGAGAGCUCUGCUUUUCUUACCAUCACUGGUAUAGUUUCCCCUGUACUAGAAGUGUUAGCACCAGAACUGGAGGUUGUGGCUGGAGACACUGUGGAACUCAACUGCAGGCUAUUUCAAGGCAACCCAAAUCCCAAACUGGUUUGGUUACGUGGUGAACGGCCAAUCCAAGAAGACAGUCAUUUUAUUGUGCCACAAGAGGGGAGUGUUACCAUAGAAGAUGUACAGUCGGUCCACAGUGGAGAAUACACCUGCCAUGCCUCCAAUGUGGGUGGAAAUGCCUCCUUCACUGUUCUACUCACUGUCAAAGUGCCUCCCAAGUUCAACUUUGACAACCCUGAAGAUGAGCAGAUAGACUUCAACAUCGUGGAAGGGGACAGGGUUGUGUUGCCGUGCAAUGUCCAGGGUGACCCCAGGCCCCAGAUAACAUGGUUCAAGGAUGAGAGCCCUAUCUCGCUCACAGACUACCACUACUUCAUCAAUGAGGACGGCAGUCUGGAGAUCUACUCCGCCGAGGCCAUAGAUACAGGGCUGUACCGUUGCCAGGCAACCAAUGAGGCGGGGGAAGUUGAGAAGAUUGUCAACCUAUUCGUACAAGUUCCACCAACUAUUGCUGGUGAUCCGAAUGAAAAAUACAUCGUAAUAGAGAAUGAAACAGUCGUGUUACCAUGCGUUGCUAAGGGCAUACCACUCCCAAAAGUAGCCUGGCGGAAGAACUUUAUGCCGUUCGAACCAACAGACUCCGAGAGGUAUCUGCUUGGAGAUCAUGGACUGACGAUUACAAGCGUACAAGUCGAGGACAAGGCCAUCUAUGAAUGCAUCGCAUCCAACAAUGGGGGUGAAGAGACAAAAGUCCUUGUACUCGUAGUUCAAGUUCCCCCAGUCAUCCUGGAAACCAACAACACAGAGUUCACAGUUCUUAAGGGGGACACAGUUCGGCUCCACUGUGAGAACUCUGGUGACCCCCGACCUCUUGUGGAGUGGAAGAAGGAUGAGACGAUGUUGGCGCUGUUUGAUGACGUCAGUGGCCUCAAACUCGUUGAUACAGGGUCGAUAGUGAUUGGUGCUGCCCGGAUUGAACACUCAGGGACCUACGUGUGCAUUGUGACCAAUGAGGCUGGUAUUGCAACCCGGGACUUCACUGUAAAAGUAGACGACCCGCCCCAGCUGCCCAAUAACCUGACAACCUAUAAAGACGUAGUCGAGGACAAUGCUCUGAUCCUUCGUUGCCCGGCAACGGGCACCCCACCACCCAUCAUCACAUGGUACAAAGAUGGCACAAUCAUCUCCGGAGAUCAGCUUGGGGUGGUGAUACUGGAGGAUGGUUCCCUGCAGUUGCUCUCUGCUGAGGCAGAAGACUCAGGCCUUUACACAUGUGAGGCAUCAAACUACGUGGGAACCGUCAACCACAAUGUUACCGUCAAGGUGUGGGUACCACCAAAACUGACUGGGCCUGACAAGGGCAAGGAAGGAGCAGUGGACAAUCCCAAGGUCAUCCUAGGUCAGAAUGUGACCUUGACCUGUCCAGUGGAAGGUGACCCUGACCCAGAGAUCACUUGGUUGAGAAAUGGCUUCCCACUGAGCGAGACAGAAGACAUGGAGUUCAAGUAUUCGUUGUCGUAUGAUGCACGGGAGCUUACAAUUUUUGAAGUGCAGGUUGCAGACACAGCACGUUUCAUGUGUACAGCAAAGAAUCUGGCCGGAGAAACAGAUAAAAGCUUUGACCUUGAUGUCUAUGUUCCACCAGCCAUUGAUACAGACAUGGCUUCACCUGAGAAGAACGUGGUGAUUCAGGAUAGCUCGCUCUACAUCGACUGCCCUGUCUCGGGAGUGCCAAGGCCCAAAGUCACAUGGUAUAAAGAUGGAGAGCUGUUGUCCCCAGAACUUGACCCCAACCUGCGUCUCCAUGCCGACGGGCGGCGUCUGGAGAUCAAGGAGGCACGGGUGUCCGAUGCUGGCGAGUAUGUCUGCGUCGGAGAAAACAUAGCGGGGUCUGCAGAGAACAAGUUUGAUGUUGAUGUGCAUGUCCCACCAAAGAUUGACAGGCCAGGGGAGAUAAGCAAACCUGAAAUCGUCAAGAACGACACUAUCAGCCUCACGUGUCCAGCAGCAGGUGUGCCCAUCCCAGAGAUCACUUGGUACAAGAAUGGCAUCGAGAUUGGAGCAAACUCGAGUCAGUUCAAGUUGUUGAACGAUGGUUGGACCCUUGAGAUUGUGUCUGCUCAGAUAGCUGACAGUGCAAGGUACACAUGUCGUGCUACAAAUGCCGCUGGAGAGAGUGAGAAAGUGUUUGAUCUUAAUGUGCUGGUACCGCCAUUCGUUGACAGAGCCCUAGUGAACCUGUUCCCCAAGGUGGUUGUGAACCAGUCUACCAUCAUCAGCUGUCCUGCAGAAGGCAAGCCCAGUCCCUCCAUCACCUGGUUGAAAAAUGGUUUGCUGUUAGAGACAAGUGUACAGACACGCUACGAGAUCCUGUCUGGGGGACGUCAGUUGAGGAUUAAAAACGCCCAACUCUCCGACACUGCAGGAUAUGUGUGUGUCGCUGAAAACAAGGCUGGCAUCCACUCUGUGGACUUUAACCUCACUGUUCUAGUUCCACCACGGAUAGACACGCGCCGCACCAACGCAAACCCAAAAGUAGUCCAGAACAGCACGUUGACGCUCACGUGUCACGCCACUGGAGUACCGUCCCCUGUUAUCACAUGGUUUAAAAACGGUGAUAUGUUGCUUAGCAACAACGAGAGCUUUGUGUUUGUUGAUGGUGGACGGGAGCUGAAGAUAUUAAACACGCAGGUAUCUGACUCAGGCAUAUAUUCGUGCAAUGCUGCUAAUGAGGCCGGGGAGUCUGUGGUCUCGUACAAUGUCCAAGUGCAAGUGCCACCCCAGCUCGACAUGGAUGACAUCAACCCCAGUCCUCACGUCCUCCUGGGGGGCUCGGUCGUGCUUAACUGCCCCGUGUUUGGUGUACCGGAACCAGAGGUCAUGUGGAUGAGGGCGGGGCUACCCAUAAACAUUGACACAAAUCCUUUUUACAACCUUGAGGGUGAAGGUCACAGGCUGGUCAUUACUAAUGCCAGACUGUCAGAUGCAGGUCUCUUCGUGUGUGUGGCUAACAAUGAGGCUGGAACCAUCAGCCAGGAGUAUAACCUAGAUGUCUGGGUUGCCCCCACAAUUGACCGCACCAACCUUGACCUUGUGCAGGACGUGAUCAAAGGUCAGCCAAUCACGCUCUUCUGUCCAGCGGUGGGCAACCCAGAGCCAGCCAUCCUUUGGCUAAAGGAAAGUGACCCCGUUGAACUGGAUGGCAGAGUCCAGAUACUGAAUGAUGGACUUCAGCUGCGGAUCUCAAAUGCAUCUAUAUCUGACACAGCACGGUACACGUGCGUGGUGCGUAACGCUGCCGGGCAGGACUCUGUCUCUGUGGACCUGAGCGUGCUAGUUCCCCCAUCCAUUGACGAAUCCAACGUGGUAUACUUUCGAAGAGUUGUCCAGAACAGAACCAUCAUCAUUGAGUGCCCAGUAUCAGGUAUUCCAAAGCCCAAAGUGGCUUGGCUGGUGAAUGGUAAGCCAGCGGUAGAGAGUUCGGGCCUUCGGAUCACACAUGGCGGGUACAACCUCGAGAUCCCAAGUGCCCAGGUCAAGGACUCUGCAGUGUACACAUGCGUGGCUUCCAAUACAGCGGGGGAACUGCAGAAAAAAUUUGAUCUUGAAGUGCAAGUUCCUCCCGUGAUAGACCGUCGUAACCUAGAGACAAGGCUGUCAGUGAUACAGAACCGCACACGAGUCAUCUUCUGUCCGGUGUACGGGAUUCCUACCCCCUCCAUCCUCUGGUCUCACAAUAACGCCCCUCUACUGGACUGGCCCUAUCCCAGAUUGACCUUGACCUCCAAGGAGCAGCGUCUGGAGGUCACCAACGCCCAGGUGGAGGACGCGGGCACCUACACCUGCACAGCAACCAACCCUGCGGGACAGGUGAAACAGGACUUUCAGCUUGAAGUCAACAUUCCACCAAACAUCGUAGAUUCCGAGUACGUCUCCGAGAUAUCAGUGACCCGGGGCUCCCUGGUGACCCUUGAGUGCAUUGCCACAGGCAACCCUGAGCCCCAGAUUGCCUGGAUGAAGGGGUCGCAAGUCAUCGAGAUUUCCCAGAAUCCUCAGAUGCGGAUCCUCAAAAAUGGGCGUGUCCUUCAGAUACCAAACUCCAACGUAGAGGAUGCUGGUCGCUACAAAUGCCAUGCCGAGAACAAGGCUGGUAUAGCUGAGAGGCUGUUUGAACUUCAAGUACACGUUGCCCCCAGUCUGGCAGGUCUGAGUGGUGUACAGAACCUCUGGGUGAUUGUGAAUGAGCCUCUGACCUUGGACUGCCCUGUAGAGGGCGUGCCGCCCCCCUCUGUGACCUGGAGUCGACAAGAUCAGUUUAUACAGCCGUAUGGCAACCCAAGACUCAGGUUGCUGGAGGAUGGCAGGAAGUUGAUGAUUGUCAGUUCUCAGCUGCUGGACCUGGGAGAGUACACUUGCUACGUGGAAAAUGUGGCGGGAAACGAUUCCCUCAAAUACUUUGUCAAUGUGUAUGUUCCGCCAACAAUUGAGGGAGGCUUUGAGCAGAUUCAGGCGGUUGUCAACAGCCAGGUGACCUUGUCCUGCGAGACAAUCGGCCUUCCCGACCCCAUUGUCACGUGGACCAAAGAUGGCGUCAACUUCCCCACGACCGGUCUAAGACACCGGAUGCGGCCGUCUGGAACCAUAGAUUUCAACUCUGUCCGUUUGGAGGAUGCUGGCGAUUACAGUUGCCUAGCAACCAAUGAGGCUGGCACUGCAACUAGGUCAAUGACCUUAGAGGUUCAAGUGCCGCCUCGAAUCCUUGGUCCCCAGUCUCUGAAUGUAGAAUCCAUCGAGGGAAAGGGAGUCGUGUUGCCGUGCAACUUCACCGGGGCACCUGAACCCAGUAUCAGCUGGCAGAAGGGUGCAACUGUGCUGCGAAGAGGAGCAGGAAAGGAAUUCCUGGCCAAUGGUUCCCUGUUCAUCCAGCAGACCACAGAGGCAGAUGGCGGGGUUUACGUCUGCAUUGCACAGAACACAGCUGGAACUGCUUUUGGACAGAUCAGACUCCGGAUAUUCAUGCCUCCUACCAUCGAGGUGCGGGAAACAGCUUUCGUGACCUCCAAUGGUCAGAACAUUGUGUUGCCUUGCCGCGCCACGGGUAAACCCCGCCCCACAGUCACAUGGGAGCGUAACGGGGUCGCAAUAUCUGGCAGCAGUUCCUAUGUGCGGGUGAUAAGACAUGGGCUGGCCAUACCUUUUGCCAGACCUGAGGACGCAGGCACGUACACAUGUGUUGCCACUAACGAUGCUGGUACAUCUAGUGUAGAGCUACGUCUUACUGUGCAAGUUCCGCCUCAGAUCGGUGAGGCGAGUCGCCUGCUGACGUUCACGGUUGAUGAGACAGCCUCGCUCCAGUGCACGGCCAUUGGGAUCCCUGCCCCAACAAUACGCUGGCUCAAAGAUGGUAGGGAGCUGGAGAACUCACAUAAAUACAACAUCACCUCGGGUGGGACUCUGAUCAUUAGAUCCCUCAAGGAGGAGGACACUGGAAGUUACCUUUGUUCAGCAUCCAACAUCGCCGGGCAAGCAACACAAGAGAGGCUGAUUAGAAUUCAAGUGCCUCCAUCGUUUAUCGUGGUUCCUCGGGUACAGGAAGUGCUGCUUGACUCUCGUCUGGAGCUACGAUGUACGGCAGACGGCAUUCCCACCCCUACCAUACACUGGAAACGAGACGACGUGCUCAUACCUUCUCAGCCAAGUGUGAAUGGCCGCAGUUUGCUGAUCGUGCAGAAUGUUCGACCGGAGGACGGCGGGGUUUACACGUGUGUGGCACAGAAUCAUGCCGGGGAGGCAGAGGUCAGCACUGUCGUCAACGUGAAAGUUCCCCCAGAGAUCCUGACUCCGCCUGGCAACAAGGCGGUCACCGUGGCAGAGCGGGUAGUGCUGGCUUGUUCUGUGGGAGGUGACCCCCCGCCAAAGGUCGUCUGGUUGAAGAACGGCCGCCCUGUGAAACUCAGCGACCGAAUCAGACAGCUGAACAAUGGGUCCUUGGUCAUAUACGACUCUACAAGUUCAGAUGCUGGAGAGUACAAAUGUGUCGCCACUAACGAUGUGGGCACGUCAGAAGGAGUUGCCAUGCUUACAGUGAGAGAGCCUCCCUCGUUCCUACUUGAGCCUGUGGACACUCGUGUUGAGCUGGGAGCCAAUGUACGACUGGACUGCCUUGGGGUUGGGGAACCAGUACCAGACAUGCAGUGGAUGGUUGGCUGGACAGUACUCAAGGACGAAGGGCGUCUGUCCAUCCUACCCAACAACUCUCUCAGGAUUGUUUCUGCCCAGCUGUCUGACUCAGGCACAUACCGAUGUAUGGCAAGCAACAACCUGGGCCAGACCUUCAUAGAGGUCAACAUCACGGUCAUAGUGCACGGUUUGUGGUCAGAGUGGUCUCCCUGGGAAGCCUGUAGUCUCAGCUGUGGAGAGGGGAUACAGCUGCGCCACAGGUCAUGUGACAACCCAGAACCAGCCAAUCAGGGACGAGCGUGUGUCGGGGAGCCAAUAGAGUCCAGGCCAUGUCUGAACAGGGGAUGCCCAGUGUCUGGCAACUGGGGCAUAUGGUUACCAUGGGAACAGUGCAGCGUGACGUGCGGGCUCGGUCGUCGAACAAGACGCCGUCUGUGUAAUAACCCUUGGCCUCAGUUAGGCGGGGCACCUUGUGAAGGGGAGGACUUGCAGACAGAGGUCUGUGACAGCGGCCAUUGUGCAGUUGCUGGCGACUGGGGUGGCUGGUCUCAAUGGCAACCAUGUUCUUCCACCUGCGGGGAUGGUAUCCAGGCACGCUCGCGCACCUGUAACUCCCCAUCGCCUAGCAACGGGGGCAGGUUCUGUCGAGGUUCUGACACAGAGAGUCAGACGUGCAAGGUGGCCGAGUGUGCAGUUGAUGGUCAGUGGGGUAACUGGGGCUACUGGGCCCCGUGUUCUCUGUCCUGUGGGGGAGGGUCAAGGUCACGACAGCGGCUGUGUAACAACCCGCGUCCUGAGUACGGGGGCCAGACCUGCACAGGGUCUGGGAACGACACAAUGGCUUGCAAUAGUGAACCUUGUCCAGUACAUGGAGGAUGGUCCCCAUGGGGACAGUAUGGGGAGUGUUCAGUCAGCUGUAACGGGGGUCUGAGACGUCGCUAUCGCCAGUGUGACUCUCCAUCGCCUAGCAAUGAUGGGCGCCCCUGUCCUGGCAGGUCUGAUGAGGCGGAGACCUGCAACCAAGUACCCUGCCCUGUUGAUGGCAGGUGGUCCAUCUGGUCUGACUGGAGCAAAUGCUCACGUACUUGUGACGCAGGAAGGAAAACUAGGUCAAGGUCAUGUGAAGGUCGUCAAAAUGGCGGACUGGAUUGCCACGGUGAAAGGGAGCAAAUCAUGGAUUGCUUCAUCACAUCUUGUUACAAAAUCCCCAUACUUGGAGAGGGAAGUUUGAUAGGCAGCAUUAACAGCGUUGAAAUCAGCGGUGCGCGACUGACCGCCCACAUGGUUCCGUUGCCGGGCAACACUGCCACCCUUGUGAAUGUCACUGUGGAGGGAAUACCAUCAGAACUAGUUCCACAUUUCCGGCAUCUCCUGCCAAUUCUGAGUCCGCUCUACUGGAGCACUGCAACUGAGAUGGACGGAGCGUCCAAUGGUUACAAACUGACCAAGGGAGAGUUUGCAAGGGAGGUCCAGGUCCAGUAUACCACUGGUGAAAUUCUGCGUGUUUCCCAGUAUGGUAAAGGGGUCGAUGCCAAGGGCGUAUUGCAUGUGGAUCUCGUAGUGAGAGGGGAGGUGCCAGAGAUAGAGGCAAGCAGACUGGUCAAGAUGACACCGUUCUGGGAGGAUUACACCCAAACUGGACCAGGUACAAUCCAUGCGGACUCGACCAGCCUUUUCCAGGUGGACGGGUUUGUUCUUCCAUAUGCGUGGAACCACAGCAUCAGCUACAGCUCCAGGAAUUCUAGAAUGCCGUUCCUCAUGGAGAAAUUGCAUGCGCGAAACAUUGAUGUGAUCGUUGAACCCGAAAAGAAUAUUGUCCAGUUCCGGUUAGAAGUGAGCAUUUCUCCAGGAAGUCCCAGUGACCAGUGCCCAACAGGAUUUAGACUGAACCCAGAGGGACCAUACUGUCAAGACGAUGAUGAGUGCCGCCGGUUGCAGCCCUGCACCCACCUCUGCCACAACUCCGCCGGCAACUAUUAUUGCUCGUGUCCCCCUGGUUACACACUCGACGUGGAUGGAAGACAGUGUAUCGAUAUCAAUGAAUGCUCUACUCUAGUGGAUCCAUGCCCUGGUGGUCAGCAGUGUGUGAACUCCAUUGGUUCUUACACGUGCUCCAUGAAAUGCAGACAGGGCAUGAGACUCUCUGAUGACAGGCUGAGAUGUGAAGACAUUGAUGAGUGUGAUGUGCCCCGUUCCCCAUGUGAACAGGUGUGCGCCAACUCUCUAGGGACAUUUGUGUGCAGCUGCAGACAGGGGUUUGAACUUGAAGCCAGCGGCAGAUGUACGGAUGUGGAUGAGUGUAAGGUGAAGACUAAUGCAUGUCCCCGAGGUCAGGAGUGUGUCAACUCUGUAGGAAGCUACAAGUGUGCAGUACGCUGUCCCAAAGGCUAUGAGAUGGUGAUAGGAGGGUGUGCAGACGUGGAUGAAUGCAGGACCAAUCAGCAUCGCUGCUACUACAACCAGAAGUGUGUCAACACGGAGCCCGGAUACAAGUGUGUGUGCCCGCGGGGCUACAGGUCAGCUGGUCCUGGAACACCAUGCUUUGACAUAGAUGAGUGUGAAGAGACGCCGGAAGUGUGUGCAUACCAGUGUGAGAACACUCAUGGCGGAUACGAGUGUCUCUGUGCUCCCGGACAAGUCAGACUCGCCGACAGGAAAUCAUGUGCCGGCCUUGAAUUCAUUGACCAACCAACCAUUCACGAUGUCAGCAGCUUAAGGGCAAACCCCAACACCCUCAGUAAAACACUUCACCGCUCCUCUGAUAACGAUGUCAUGGAUACGCGUCAUAGCAACGCAAACCCUGCUCAAGGGUCAACGACAGACAACACUAGCACAAAGAGUGCGGCACGUUUGGAAGUUCCCACCGUUGCCCCUAGCGAUGGCUUUGGCACUGAACAAGGUCAAGGUCAGGUUGUUCGACACACAGACCCUGUGAAUGGUUUUGGGGCAGAGGUUGAGUGGAUUGAAGUGUAUGAGAAGAAGCAGAUACGGAAUAAAAAAGAAAAGAACAAGGACCCAAAAGUGAAAAACAGCAAGAAAGCAAAGCGAGGCCGCUUGACUAAGAAGUGUUCUGAGGGCUUUGUGUUAAAUGAUGGAUCUAAGGAGUGCCUAGAUAUUGACGAGUGUACAGAAGACCCUGGGGUGUGUCAGCACAACUGUACAAACACUGUGGGGGGCUACAACUGCACGUGUCCCCCGGGCUACCGUAUAUCCAAGGAUAAACGCACCUGUGAAGACGUGAAUGAAUGCAUCGAGUUUGAUAUCAACUGCGGGCGUGAUAAGAUGUGCUUUAAUACAUUGGGAGAGUUUACGUGCAUUGACGUCCCCUGCCCAAGGGGCUACCAGCGGGACCCCAUCACAAAUAACUGUGUCCUUGAAUGCAUAGACGCCGAGAUCGCCUGCCCACAGUCCGCAAAGUUUGCAGACGUCAUGGAAUUCCGAACUCUGGCGUUGCCUAGCGGCGUCUUAGCCCAACAAGAUCUGAUCCGCCUGACUGCGUACAACCAAAACAACGAGAUUCUACACAGGACAGUUUUCACAAUUCUGGAGAACGAUGUGCUUAUACCAUUCCAGAUCCGGCUGGAGGACGGGAUAGGUAUCGUGUACACGCCCCGCGUCCUUGAAGACAGCCGACUGUACAAGAUCAAGGUGCAGGCCAAGUCAUUUGACAAUGUGAAGGACAAUAUCCAGUACCAGACAACAUUCAUGAUUCAUAUCUCGGUGUCCGCUUUUCCGUAUUGAUAAUUUUAGGAAUUACCAUGUUUUUAUUUCCAAUAUGGUCUGUUUUCUUUUGCCUCUCUGUAUUUAAUGUUAAUUAAACAGUUCGCAGUAAUGAUAAUUUUAUGUAAAGCUAUUGUCUGGUUCUUUUUAUUCAUUAAUGUAAUUUUUAGAUCACCUGGUGAUAAGGUGCACAUGGCAACUACCAUGAUCUUGUUUUGUAUGUCUUGCAUUAUUUUCAUCAAACAAUAUCUCUUCCUUAUCUUGUUACCAAAUAUUGAGAAGAUCGUUGGUUGAACCUCUUGAAAAAAAUCAAUUCUGUAUUUUGCCUAUGUAAGUCACCAAAGCUAAAAAUAGAAGAUAAAAGAAGUGGAUACUAAAAAAAAAACAAAGCUGAAACCACAAAGCUUAUGUCUGCAAUGUUGGUUUGUGACUGCCCCUUAAGUACCUUUACAAAGAUUCUGGAAGAAAGAAGCUGUGUCAAAACAGGCAAUAUACACGUAUAUUGAAAAUAACUUCCAAAAACUAUAAAACCACACAUAAAAAACCUUUGAUCUUGAGUAUUUAACAUGGGGUGCUGGUCCUCUACUCUUUCUUGUAGGUUCAAAACUGGCCAUGCACCAGAGGUCACAAACUUUUACUAAGGUGAGCUAUUUAGGGCCUUGUUACCCCUGUUGUUUAAAAUGAUAAUUGGUCACCAUUUAAGUCUACAUUAUACCCAUGUUACUACUUAAGAUAUUUACCGUUAGGAUAAACCCCUUACCAAACUGACUUACUCCCGCUUAUAUGCGAAGUAUAAGGGAGUUAUAUGCGGUUUAUAAACCGCUUGUAAGUCGCAUAUACUCAUUCAAAUAUCUUGUAUAAGCGAGAUAUAAGUCUAAGGCAGUUAUAAGCGAGAUGCAAGUCUAGAAAUGUUUCGCAUAUAAGCGGCUUAUAUGCGGUUUAUAAACUGCAUAUAACUCCCCUAGAGCAUAGCCAAAACUAUCCACCUUUUUCUUUCGCUUAUAUGCGGCUUAUACACCGCUUAUAUCCAAGCCUCAAACUGACCAAUCAGUGACAUUUUUGCCACAUGAUCCAGAUUGACCAAUCAGAGCAACACAAUACAAUAACAAGUUUGAAAUUUUCAGUCAAACACUGGUGUGUGUCUUUUUAAUGAUUUCUAACAAUGCUGCCCAAUAAAGAGGUAAAUAUAUAAAUCUUUCUAAUCAGAUACUGUUAAUGGUGUGUAUUUUUAUAUAAUUUAACGAAAUAACACAUUCAUUUUGAUGAAUAAGGUAUUAAAUUAGGGCAUAGACAUGUCACAGUUUGUCAAAAGUGGGUGGGGUAAUGGUCAGUGUUUUCUUAAAAACAAUGUCAUAAGCUCAAUAUGAUAUUGGUAAGAUUUAUCUAUUUUAUUAGAUAAAAUAAUGAUAUAUAGUUAAAUGAUGUCCGUCUGACUAAUAAAAUGUCUUGAUUUUGAGUUUUUAGCUCACCUGAAUGCUCAGGUGAGCUUUUGUGACCGGUCUUUGUCCGUCGUAUGUCCGUCCGUCCGUCCGUUAACAUUUGCACGUAAACACUAGAGGCCACAUUUCUUUUCCCAUCUUUAUGAAACUUGGUCAGAAGCUUUGUCCCCAUGAAAUCUCGGCCGAGUUCGAAACUGGUUUGUGCCGGGUCAAAAACUAGGUCACUAGGUCAAAAAAAAGAAAAACAUUGUAACACUGUAGAAGUCACCUUUCAUGCCCAAUCUUCGUGUAACUUUGUCAAAAUGUUUGUCUUAAUGAUAUCUUGGUUGAGUUAAAAAGUGGUUCCGAUCCGUUGAAAAACAUGCCGCCAGUGGGCGGGGCAGUUUUCCUUAUUUGGCUAUAGAGAACCCUUGUAAACACUCUAGAAGUCACAAUUGUUGCCCAAUCAUCAUGAAAAUUGGUCAAAACAUUGGUUCAAUUGAUGUCUCGGACGAGUUCGAAAAUGGUCGAGAUCGGUGAAAAAACAUGGCCACCAGUAGGCGGGGCAUUUUUUUCUAUAUGUAUAUAGUGGCAGUUUUCCCUAUUUGGCUUUAGAGAAACCUUGUAAAAACUCUAGAAGUCACAAUUUUUGCCCAAUCAUUAUGAAAGUUGGUCAAAACAUUGGUUUUAUUGAUAUCUCGGACGAGUUUGAAAAUGGUCGGGAUCGGUGAAAAAACAUGGCCGCCAGUGGGCGGGGCAUUUUUCUCUAUAUGUAUAUAGUGAAAACAUGUGAACACAGAAGUCACAUUUUGGCCCAAUUUUCAUGAAAUUCGCUCAGAACAUUUGUUUUCUUGAUACGAGAGUUGAGUUAAAAAAAUGGUUCCGGUCAGUUGAAUAACAUGGCUGCUGGGAGGGGGCAGUUUUCUCAUUAUACCCCCACCCUUUCGAAGAAGAGGGGGUAUAUUGUUUUGCUCAUGUCUGUCCGUCCGUCCACCACAUGGUUUCCGGAUGAUAACUCAAGAGCGCUUAUGCCAAGGAUCAUUGAACUUCAUAGGUACAUUGAUCAUGACACGCAGAUGACCCCUAUUGAUUUUCAGGUCACUAGGUCAAAGGUCAAGGUCACGAUGACCCGAAAUAGUAAAAUGGUUUCCGGAUGAUAACUCAAGAACACUUAUGCCUAGGAUCAUGAAACUUCAUAGAUACAUUGAUCAUGACUCGCAGAUGACCCCUAUUGAUUUUCAGGUCACUAGGUCAAAGGUCAAGGUCAUGAUGGUCCGUCCGUUCGUUAACAUUUGCUCGUAAUUACUCUAUAGGCCACAUUUCUUGUCCCAUCUUCAUGAAACUUGGUCAGAAGCUUUGUCCCAAUUCUUGUUAUCGCGCUGACGUCACCCACGGGGCAGUACCUUAGCGACGGUGAAAACAAUGCCCUAGAUACGGUCGAUUAACAACGCUGAUUAAGCUAUCUCUGUUGGCAUUUCGCCAACUGCAUUCCUAUUUGGAAGUUGAUAAGUAAUUAAAUGUGCUUUAAUUGGCGUUUGAAAUGUCUUUUGACUGUUAUAAAUGGUUAGAUUGCACUUCGAAAGCCCAAUUAUCCCCAAUAUGACCAGCAAAUUAAAAUAUUUUGACUAAAUGAAAUAUCCGUAUAAAUUACAUACGGGAUGUUGGAAAAAUGACCCGACCAAAUGGCCAAUGUUCGAGUACGGCGACAUUCAUAUCUUUCUCAUUGAGACACUAGGUAAAUAAGUUUAUUCUCUAAUAAUGGGAGUAUCAUUGUAGAUGUUGAUGUAAUUAAUAUUGUCGUUCUUUUAGAGUUCAUUCAUAUUCGUACAUUGUAUAUUUCUACUAUGUCAAUUCAUAAUAAUAACGCGAAGCUGGAAAAUUAGUAGGAAAUUCUGGUACACCUACUGAAAGCCUAAGUUGUGUUAUCAAAAUCAGGCUUUAUUUACUUUAUACUGAUCUGAUUUAUAGUAUUUCUUUUAUGUUGGUGCAUUAUCCGUUUACAUUGUGAUUUACAUGCCAUUCAUUAUGACCCAAGAUUGGUUUAAUAAACGUGACUUACUUACUAAUUGUCUAUCGCUUUUACGUUUUUGAUUAAAUCAAAUUAAAACAAAAAAUAGAUCUAAUUAAUAUUUCAAUAAAUAAAAAAAAAACUCAACCUGUAAGUUAGCAUUUACUAAAUUGGCAAAUGCAUUAAAGCUGUUAGUAUAUAGGAAGUCAAUACUAAAACUCUAAUACUCAGCCCUGUUAUAUAUCACUUCUCGUCCCUGACAUGUGUUGUAUAAACCAGUUGAUUGUUAUGAGUAUGAGUGACAAAUAUAUAAGAUUUUUAACACAC